GAGAAAAAGAUAGAGAGGAAUAAGUGAAAGGAAACAAACAAAAUGGUGGUGGGGCUUCUUUAGGAUUCGGAGGGAGAUAGUGUUAGGCAGCCCUUAUUGGUGGCAGGAGUAUAUUAUUGCUGAAGGAAGGAGGAGCGAGAGGUUAGAACAACUCAAGUCUAGAGAGGGAACCAAAAGGGAAAAAUAGCAAAAAUAAUCGAUGCAGUUCUGUUCUUGUUAUUCCAAUCUUCUCUCCUACUGAUUCUUUUUUAGAAUUAUGGGAUCAGCUCUGUCCCUGUGUUGGGUGGUUUCUGUCAUAACAUGACACCAAAAACUCUCGCUCUUGCUUGGUCACAAGUUCAGUUCUUGCAGAGCCAGCUCCUAUUUUGAAGCCAAAUACAGUAUCUUUGAAGCUUUGGUAACACCAAUCUGAUGACAAAAUCAAUCACUGUCUCCCCUCGUCCUUGUAUUGAUCUAUCAGCUGGUCUCAUCUUCGGCUUCUGAAGAGGAUGGCCACAUUCUUCUCUAUUUCCAGCAAUCAGAGGGACCACACUGUCGGCGGCGACAUGUCGUUCCACCACUACCCCACGUCGAAUCCCUACUCGGACUCACCAACCGGCGGUCUGAUCCCCCUCCCGGCAACCAUCGUGCAGCAAGGCCACGUUGCGCACGGCGGCGACAGAGACGAGCCGGCCGCGUUCGUGAAAGCGAGGGACGGGCCAACGAGCAGCGCCGAGAUGGGCCUGCACACGCAGCUUCUCAUGGCGAGCGCGUCGGCAGCGCAGAACCAGGGCCUGUCGCUUAGCCUCGGCACGCAAGGCGUUCCGUUGUCUCUUUAUCAGUACCGCCAAGCGGGCAUGGCCGCGGCCUCCCUGCUUAGCCCGAACCGGUCGGCGGCGGUGAGCAGGAACGCGCAGAGCAACAUCUACAUCCAGAACUCCAAGUACCUGAAGGCGGCGAGGGAGCUGCUGGACGAGGUGAUCAAUGUCCGGGACGCGAUCGUGCGGAAGGGCGACAAGAACCAGAGCAAGGAUUCCGGCGAGAGAAAGGACGCCGAGAAGAGCGAGGAGAAGGCCGGCGAGCAUGAGGGGAACUCGCCCGCCGAGCUGACGGCGUCGGAGCGGCAAGAUCUUCAGAACAAAGUGUCGGCGCUGAUGGCACUGCUGGAUCAGGUUGACCGAAAGUACAGGCAUUACCACCACCAGAUGCAGAUCAUCAUGUCGUCCUUCGACGCGGUGGCAGGCGCCGGUGCGGCGAGACCGUACACGGCGCUCGCGCUGCAGACAAUUUCCCGCCACUUCCGGUCGCUGCGUGACGCUAUCGGCGCGCAGGUGCAGUCCUUUCGCCGGAGCCUCGGCGAGAAGGACACCUCCUCGGCCUCGCAGGGCGGCGGGCUCUCCCGGCUGCGCUACAUCGACCAGCAGCUGCGGCAGCAGCGCGCCAUGCAGCAGUUCGGCAUGAUUCAACAGCCGCAGCACGCCUGGCGCCCCCAGCGUGGCCUCCCGGAGUCCGCCGUCUCCGUCCUCCGUGCCUGGCUCUUCGAGCAUUUCCUCCACCCGUAUCCAAAAGAUUCCGAGAAGGUGAUGCUUGCAAGACAGACCGGCUUGUCCAGAGGCCAGGUGUCCAACUGGUUCAUCAACGCGCGUGUUCGUCUGUGGAAGCCGAUGAUCGAGGAGAUGUACAAGGAGGAAUUCGGCGCGGAGAUGGACUCGCACUCGUCGUCGGAGAACGCUGGCAAGGGCAAGGACGAAGCGAUAUCAUCGGAGGACCACGACGAGUUCCAGAGCCCGCCUAGCGCUGCAAAGCACAACGCAGGCUACUUCAACUCGUUCAAGUCGGAGGCGAUGGGCAGAAUGGACGCCGGCGGCGUCGGCCUGUCCAACCUCGACGGCGCCAUGGGAACGUACGCGACCGGCCUCAACCUGAGCCAGCAUGGGCCGGGCUCUGUCGGCAGCGGCAACAGCAGCAGCCUCCUGCAGGAGGCGCUCGCGCAUCACCACAGCGGUGACGCGAGGUUCGUGGCGUACGGCGACAUGGCCGGCCAACUUGGCGGCUACGACGGCGGCAGCGUGUCGCUGACGCUUGGCCUGCAGCACCGCAACGACACCGGAGCCGUGCCGGCCGAGCAGCAGGGCCUGCUGUACGGAAACGCCGGCGACUUCGAGUUCAUGAACGGCUCCGAGGACCGGCAGCGGUUUGGCUCGUCGCAGCUGCUGCACGAUUUUGUCUUGUGAGCGGAAUAACGCCGACGGCGUCAGAAGCCUGGAGUGGCCGGCCGCCCGGCCCCAUCGCGGGUAUACAGUGGUUACAGUUCAUGGCACACGGUCAUAAGCAAGUAUAUACGUAUACUGGUGUGGUAAGUGAAGUAGGGGGAGGGGGUGUAUGAAGUAUAAACUGUAUACGAGAUGGGGUGUAGCGCUUGCUGUAAAGAGAUAGAUUGGUAUUUUUGGUAGCUUGAAGAUUCGUGUACUGAUGAUUCAAGUCCAGAUACGACGUGUUGUUGGUCCAAUUGGACCUUAGUCUA